UACUGAUGCCUUAAAGCUCUAUAGCUCUACAAGUCUGCCUAUAGCCAGUUGUUUCGAUUAUUUGUUGGCUGUGUCGACAAGAUUAUUUGUUUCCUUUUUAAUGUCUGCUCCUGAUGAAACAACUACUGACUUGUUGAACUGAGGCAACAAACACUUUGGCUGUUUGCAGUGCCCCUGUAUAAUACCCUUUUGUAUAAUCUUUACUUCCUGUACUUUUUUGUAAUCUUUAGUUCUUGGUAAAGCCACAAAAGCUAUCCCCACAUAAUUGUGUGAAGGUUCCAGUACACAUAUGAUGUCUUACAAAGAUAUGUCUCAAAUGAAAGCAGCCGGAGGCAUUUUGUAAAAAAAAAACCAAAAAACUCUGAUCUGACUUUGUCGUCCUGGCAGAGUUCACCUGAUGACUUGUUAUUUAAAGACUGCACUCCCUUUCACCAGAACAUGAGAUGACACUUCUGCUAUUUAUAUAUUCUACACAUGCCAAGGAAGGUGGCCAGUCUAUCCUCUGAACCUCAUCAACCGUGCAUCUAUACAGAUAAUCAUCUAGCACAGUAGUUCAUUGAAACUUCAGCAGCAUGAUCACCAUUUUCUUCCUCAUCGAAAUGGUCAGCAUCAUCCCCAUCACUGCCAUCCUCCUCUUCAUCUAUUCCAAGCUUAUUUCCAUCUACCGCUCCAACCAUGUGUUGGACAGCUGUGGCCAUGCUGUGCUGAUAACAGGCUGUGACAGUGGCUUCGGGCACCACCUGGCACGCUGUUUGGACCAAAAGGGGUUUGUGGUCUUUGCUGGGUGUUUGUCUCCAGGAGGAGCUGGAGCCCAGAGCCUGGUCAGACAGAGCUCCAGUAAUCUAAAAAUCCUCAAGUUGGAUGUCACAAGGGAUGAAGACUUGCAGCAGGCAAAGAAAAUGGUGCAGGAGAACCUGCCAGAGAAAGGUCUGUGGGCAGUUGUGAACAAUGCUGGGAUCUCAGACUGGGCCGAGAUCGAAUGGAGCACUAUUGAAGAUUUCCAAAACAUGGUGGAUGUUAACCUGUUUGGAUCCAUUAGGACAUCUAUCGCUUUCCUACCGCUGGUUCGUGCCAGCAAAGGUCGGAUGGUUUUUGUGUCAAGUAUCUUUUCCUUCUUCUACUGCUUGAACAUGGGAGCAUACAGUGUGUCAAAGAGAGGACUGGAGGCAUUUGCUGACUGCUUAAGAGUGGAAAUGGCUAGUUUUGGCGUGAAGGUCAGCAUCAUUCAGCCAGGUAAUUUUGGCCAAGCCACUAACAUCCUGAAGAGGAAAACUGCUUUGGACAUCUGGAACAAACUGGAUGAUGAGAAAAAACGAAUCUUUGGCAGAGAGUACAUUGAUCUGGCCAAUGACUACUUCACGUCAACAUGUAGGGUGGGAUUCAAGGACGCCGAUCCGGUCAUCGCAGCAAUGCUGCACGCGGUCACAUCUGCUCAGCCGAAACACAGAUACCUGCUGGUCUCCACCAUGGAGAUGUUUUUCUUCAGCAUCUUCCCAUUUCUGCCAACCCUCCUGGCUGAUGCUGUGUUUUCUCUCAGCUCAAUGUACACAUGCAGAAAAGAAAUGCUUUAUGCUAAGCGAGACCCACAAAAUAGCUAUCUGUAAUACUAAGCUCUUCCUAUUGUCUUUAAAAAUGUUAAGGACUUAAUACACAACAUUUAUGGCUUUAUAAUUAAUAAUGCUACUAAUAACAAUAAUAAAAGGUAUGAAACAAAUAUAGCCUCAUGAAACAGACUGAUCUUGAGACAUUUGAAACCCAGUAUUCAGCUUAAUGCCAGACUACAGAUUUAGUGAUCACAGGUAGAUUUAUUCCUAACUUUGAAAGUAUUUCAAAUUUACUUCCUGUCAUUUCAAAAUGUA